AUGUCCAGUCACGAGAUGAGGUUCAUUUACUAGUAACACUUGCAUAAACAACAAUGUUGGCGCUUGUGGUUAUUCUUUGUUUAUUUCAUCAAGGGUUUGGUUCUUCAAUAGAAGUACGACAAGAUGAAUUGCCAGGUCUAGAACCAGAUGCCUUAGACGCUUUCUUGGUACCGUUUCGAGAGUCGGUUUUACACCGCGUGGCUGUAGGAUGGAACCACACAAUCACAGACAGUGCCAAACUUAAAGUGGACAUGCAGAAGUGCAGUAUCCAGAUCAAAGCUACGGUAGAACACUGUAAAACAUGCGCAGCAAAUGCAUGUCAACAACAACGUCAAACUGUCAGCCACUCACCCACCUUCAAAGACUACCUGAAUCUAGCGGUACAGCUUGUCAACCCAGUGCAGUAUCUGAAGGAACCUCUCAAUGAGAUAGGAGACAAGUUUGGGGAUCUCAUUGACCUUCUAGGAUCUGGAAGCGAUUCCUUCAUUAACUCAAUGAGCGCCCUUGGAAAAAACGUCGGUGGAGCUUUUCAGGAUGCUUUUCACGGUGUCGAGUCUGGAUUUAACGCAGUUAAGGACCAGCUUGCUUCUGUCGGCGGUACAGUUAUCGGUGGAAUAACUGACGUCGGGAAUACAAUCGGUGAUAAGGUCUCCAGUGCUGGCCAUGCCAUAGAACACGCGGGACACAGUAUCAUUCAUAGCAUCGGAAGUAUCUUUGGCAGAAAACGAGAGACAAUAAGUCCUGAGCUGAGGGCAUGUAUGGCACCAUGUCCUGUUUGCAAUCCUUUACUCAUGCCUGUACAGAGAAACAUGAUAUCCGCAGUUUGUGGAGCAGACGUUGUGAAGUUUAACGACACGGUUAGAGCAAAUGUGGCCAUGAUAAAGGGGGUCUUUACUGCAGUAUCUGACAAAGUCCAUCCUGUAGUCACGAAGGUUGAAUUCGACCCGGAGUCUCAGGUUGGUGUGACAUACACACGGGUUUUCGUGACGGCUAAUAUAAGAGGCCGUUAUGUACGUUACAUGUCUGGUGUAACAUACGACAUGAUGAACAUGGGAUCUUCAGCAAGAAACAUGGCAAGGGAAUUCUGGGAAAAAUGGGAAUAGAACUUGUCAAGAUAUAAACACAAUAUAGUGUACAGAUA